ACACAAAAGAGAGUUGAAAACCGAACAUGCCGCCCACUAUCAACAAUUCAGUGGUAAAUAGCACUGCCGAUAAACGUCCGCAACGGCAAACGGAACGCAAAUCGGAAAUCAUUUGCCGUGUCAAAUAUGGCAACAAUCUGCCAGACAUACCCUUCGACUUGAAGUUUCUACAAUACCCCUUCGAUAGCCACCGUUUCGUGCAGUACAAUCCCACGUCCCUGGAGAGGAAUUUCAAGUACGAUGUGUUGACGGAGCAUGAUCUGGGCGUUACGGUGGACCUGAUCAAUCGCGAGCUCUAUCAGGCGGAUUCCAUGACUCUGCUGGAUCCUGCCGAUGAGAAGCUGCUGGAGGAAGAGACCCUGGCGCCCACGGAUUCCGUGCGUUCCCGCCAACAUUCCCGUACCGUGUCCUGGUUGCGCAAAUCCGAGUACAUUUCCACGGAACAGACCCGCUUCCAGCCGCAAAAUCUCGAGAACAUCGAAGCCAAGGUGGGCUACAAUGUCAAGAAAUCUCUGCGCGAGGAGACGCUCUAUCUGGAUCGCGAUGCCCAAAUCAAGGCCAUCGAGAAGACCUUCCUCGAUACAAAGACCGAUAUUACCAAGCACUACUCCAAGCCGAAUGUGGUGCCCGUGGAGGUGCUACCCGUCUUCCCCGAUUUCAUCAACUGGAAGUAUCCUUGCGCCCAGGUCAUUUUCGACAGCGAUCCUGCUCCGGUAGGCAAGAACGUGCCAUCCCAGCUGGAGGAGAUGUCCCAGGCCAUGAUUCGUGGUGUGAUGGACGAGAGUGGCGAACAGUUUGUCGCCUACUUCCUGCCUACAGAGCAAACCCUCGAGAAGCGUCGCGCCGACUUCAUUGCCGGCGAACUGUACAACGAGGAGGCGGAGUACGAAUACAAGAUUGCCCGGGAGUACAACUGGAAUGUCAAGACGAAGGCCUCCAAGGGCUACGAGGAGAACUACUUCUUUGUCAUGCGGCAGGAUGGCAUCUACUAUAAUGAGCUGGAGACCCGUGUCCGUCUCAAUAAGCGACGCGUCAAAGUCGGCCAGCAGCCCAACAAUACGAAGCUGGUGGUCCACCAUCGCCCGUUGGAGGCCGUGGAGCAUCGUAUGCAACGAUAUCGCGAGCGUCAACUCGAGGUUCCCGGAGAGGAGGAAGAGGUGGAGGUGCAGGUGGACGAGGAAAUGGAUGUGGAUGAAGAGCCGACCCCAGCGCCCGCUGUAGAGAAAGAGAAGGCUGCACAAGCUGCGCCUGCUACUCCCAAGCCAGCCGGGGGCACCGAUUCUCCUGCCCAGGUGGCACGGGACCGGCAGUCUAGAUCCAGGACUAGAACUCGCAGUCGCAGCGGCUCCAGCUCGGGGUCAGGAUCUGCGUCUGGCUCUGGAUCACGGGCCAGCAGCCGCUCGAAGUCUGGCACACGCUCACCCAGUGGCUCCCGAUCGCGCACUAAUUCACCAGCGGGAUCCCAGAAGUCCGGCGCCGGGUCUGCCAGAUCGAGAUCGCGGUCGCAUUCGAGAUCACGUUCCAAAUCCGGCUCCCGCUCUCGCACACCCUCCAAGGCGGGCUCCCGCUCUCGCUCACCCUCGAAAGCGCGAUCCCACUCUCGCUCACGCUCCGGUUCUGGCUCGCGUACGCCCAGCCGUUCGAGAAGUGGAUCGCCCAGUGGCUCCGGCUCCAGUUCAGGCAGCGGCGCCUCAGACGAGGAAUGAAGAUAUUUUCAAAAAGUAAAUAUAGAAAAAAAUAAAUGAGUAAAUAUUAAA